CAGGAACACACCUCUCUUUCUCUCUCUCGCUCGGUCACUCACUCUCUAAGGAACGGUUUUGCUCUCUCAUUCUCUCUCUCUCUCUCUCUCUCUCUCUCUCUCUCUCUUGCCCUUUCUUGUCCCUCUGUCUUUACCUAGUUCUUUUACGGUUCUAUAAGUAAAUAAGGAAGAAAAACCAGUAGAAAUGGGCUGGUUAUUCGCCUUUAGUGGAAGCAAAACAAAAAAUACAAAGAUAACUAGUAAAAUGAGAUAAAAGAAAGUGUUAUUUGAAAAGCUCUACUCGUCAUACGUGAAACAAAACUGACUACUGAACGAAAUUACGUGAAAAAACAAUAAGACAAUGUUCCAAAAAGUCAGAAUUCUUCAACUGUUGCAAAAAAGUUUCGACAUCAACUCGGUGCUGAAGAAAAAUGCGCCUCUGUUUGAAAAGCGACGAGGUGUGACACAGGACACCAUUAACAGUACCAAGACCAGUGAGGAUGAGGGCAAAGAUGACGAUGCUGGUGGCGAGAAGAAGCGAGGAGGUGAGGAGAAGGAAGAGAGGGAAGACAAGGGCAGGGGGAGCUGUGUGGUGACGACGCUGGUGGGAGGCGUGCCAGAGGAGCAGCACCUGAUGGAACACCACCACAACCUCAUGUACGGUGGCUCCUCCCUCGCAGCCUUCGUCAAGAGGAGGAGGAAAGAGAAGGAACUCAUCAAGCGAUUCGAGGAGGUGGAGUCUUGGGUGAACGAACGAGACCCCAAACUGGCCAGGGACUUGUACAUCCUAAGGGAGGCACACAAGGCUUACGAGAUGACAUGGUGCAGGAUCAAGUACCACCCCAGCCUUCUCAAGAGGAAGGAGGAGGAGGAGGGGGAGGAGGAGGGGGUGAUUAUUGAGGAGGAGAAAGAGGAGGAGGAGGAGGAGGAGGACGAAGGGCAGGAGGAUAUCGAGCGUCUUGUUGCCCCGAGUCCUGAUCUGUCAAUGGGCAUCAAACCCCCAAGAAUACCACCACGAAUCAACAUCCUCUGGCGAGUUCGACUGAGCGCGGCUGAGAAGGAGAGACAAGAGAGGCGAAGAAGACUCAUGGAAGUUCGCGAGGAGCUAAAGGGAAGAGUUUCCUUGGCGUCUAUGAAUGGCAGUGUUAGAGGCGGUUUGGGGAGCCUCAGAGCGGGUUCCUUCGUCUCCCUGGCCAGACAAUACCAGCCACGACCUGUAGGCCUAUCCUCCCUCACCCCCCUGGAGGCCGCCCUAGAUGAAGAAACAGGCCUCUCUCACUCCAGACGCUCCUUCCUCCCUGUGCGGAAAAACUCCUCCUCCUCUUUCCUCCCUCCUCCUUCCUACUCGGCACUCAAGAGGUCGGGAAGGAUAAAGGUGACGGAAUACAACACGAGCAAAAAGUCUCUCGCCUCUACCUUCCUUGGAAAUAAGACGUAUCCGAAGAAAGUUACGAAAGUGAAGCCGUUCAGAUUCCAAGAAGCAGGACGGAAGAGGAAACAUAUCUGCACCGUCCACCACUUCUAACUCCAACAAACCACAGCACACUGCCAAUAACACCACAAUUCACCACUACCCACACACAGAUACAUAGAAUUAACGCCAUAAUGUCACCACAUACUACAUAUCACCACCAUAACCACAAUAUACCAUUAUCCACAAACUACCACGACUCACAGCCACACAUUACGAACGUCACAAAUUCACCACCAACCACACAACACCACUAACCACACACCAUCACUCAAACACCAUCGUGAACACCAUAAUUCACCACAGCAACCAAGAUUAACCAUACGUCUCUCCUUUCCACGGACCUAAGGAAGCACACGUGUGGUAGAAGACUCUCUCUCUCUCUCUCUCUCUCUCUCCGCCAAUAUGGAUGUCUAAUAAAGAUAAUAAUGGUCAUAAUAAACUAAUUACAACGAAACAUCUUGGACUCUUAUUUACUUGUCCCCAAUGUGACCGUGACCCAGUGAGGAUCUUGGAUAGAGUUAAGAGUACGAAGAGGUGGAACAGGAGAGGUGAAGACUAAAGACUGACUUGCUGGGACUUCCCGAUUGCCACAUUUUUCUCACUCCCAUGUUCAGAAAUGCUUUACUCCCUCACCACGACUGUUUUC